UCAGAAUCCAUAUACUCACCAUCGGGCCACCAGGAGCUUUUGUUUUCAACUCACCUUGCUUGAUACAAUGCCCACGCAGACGAAGACGCCGAUCGGCCUGUUGAUCAAACCGUCAAAGGCCACCUUGGUCGAGGAAUUUGUGGGAAAGUCGCUUGAUGGUAUAAGGACCCCAGCUAUGAUCAUUGACCGCAAGACAUUUUCCGAGAAUUGCGCGAAAAUGCACCAGAAGGCCAAUGAUUGGGGUGCAGGGUUCAGAGCCCAUCUGAAAACUCAUAAGACAUCUGAAGGAACAAAAUAUCAGCUCGUCUCCAGUGCAAACAAGACUGACAGAGUUGUCGUUUCGACUUUAAUGGAAGCCUGGGAGGUAGUAAAAGCGGGUCUCAUUCGAGAUGGUACCGUGAAAGAUAUAUUGUACGGCCUGCCAAUUCCCGUCAAUAAAAUAGAGGAUAUGUCCGAGCUAUGGGACGCUAUAGUUGUAGAUGGCGGCGUCAUGCGAAUUUUGCUAGACCAUCCUGAUCAGGUGAAAUACUUGAACGAAUUUGAGAAGCAGCGCAUAACACCUAGGAAAUGGUCAGCGUUCGUUAAGAUUGAUGGCGGACAAAAGCGGGCGGGUGUCUCGACUAUCACUCCUUACUUUGAAACCCUCCUAACAACCAUUUUGGAAUCUUCCUUCGUCUCAAUCCACGGCUUCUAUGGGCAUGCAGGGAACUCCUACGCGUCAACUUCGCUCUCGGAGGCUUCUUCUUUUCUGUCCGGUGAAGUCCAGGUUGUAAACGAUGCCGCCAGGGCCGCCUUGUCGAUACUGAAGAACUUGGGCUUGAAAGCUCCAGAAAGACCUUUUGUGUUGUCGGUCGGUGCGACACCAACGGCACACGCGGCGAGCGCAGAAACGAGGGCGACUCUGUCUACAUUGCUUCAUGGCGCGCUCGAACUCCAUGCAGGAAAUUAUCCAAUGUUGGAUCUGCAGCAGCAACACACAACCUUGAUCAACAAGUCACAGAUUGCCCAGCGCGUCAGAGCGACGGUCAUCUCUUAUUAUCCGGGACGAGGCCAGGACGGCACAGAUGAAGCGCUUAUUGACGCCGGCGCAAUCGCUUUUAGUAAAGACACAGGCCCAUCUGGAGGAUACGGAGACGUAGUUGGCAAAGCCUGGCGAGUUGGUAGGAUAUCGCAGGAACAUGGUAUCUUGACACGCACGGACAGCGGCCGAAAACUGCAGCUGGGGGAGGUGGUCGACAUUGUUGGGCAGCACGCAUGUUUGAUUACUGCAGCGUAUCCUUGGUACUAUAUAGUCGAUUCGGAUGUCGAGAACGGGGAGAAGAUAGUGGAUAUAUGGGUUCCUUGGAAAGGAUGGUAGAGCAGUAGCUUGUAUUUUAGUUAUGUCACGGUGACAAAUGUGACCAUUGCCGUCUUCCCACGGCG